UCCUCUUCCCCCUUCUCGUCACAUUGUCCAACAUGGCGGUGUCCAUGCUCAGGAUACGCUGUUGUGUUUCACGGCAUGCGUCCUGUAGCCGCCUUAAACGAGCACGUAUUUUUCUCACACUCGGGUCUAAAUUUCACUGCUCCGCUCCUGCCUCCAGCGAACUGCUCUUUUCUCUACAUAAACGCGGUGUUCUGAAGGACUCUUUCCCAGAAAAAGCAGCGCAAGACCAGCUUCCGCGGCUGCUUCAGUCCGUUCCUCAGACUGUAUACUGCGGCUUCGACCCCACAGCCGACAGCCUCCAUGUGGGCAACCUGCUCGCCAUCAUCGGCCUGCUGCACUUCCGGAGCGCCGGGCAUCACGUCCUCGCACUGCUUGGGGGGGCCACGGCGCAAAUAGGGGAUCCGAGCGGGAAGACGAGCGAGAGGGAGCGGCUGUCGGCGGACGUGGUGGAGGAGAACACACGAGGCAUCCGGGAGAGCAUCCAGAGGAUUUUCACGAACCACGAGGUGCUUUUCCACGACAGCUCCAGGCCGCUGGGAACAGUGAACGUGUUGGACAACCGCAGCUGGUAUAAGAGCUGGGGGGUGGUGGACUUUCUGUCGGAGACCGGCAGGUACUUCAGGAUGGGGACCAUGCUCAGCCGCCACAGCGUGCAAUCCCGGUUGAGGAGCGCAGACGGUAUGAGCCUGACAGAGUUCACCUACCAGGUGUUCCAAGCUUAUGACUUCUACCACCUGAACCAAAUUUACGGCUGCAGGAUUCAGCUCGGAGGCACCGACCAGCUGGGCAAUUUGAUGUCUGGCCAUGAGUAUAUUCACAAAGUAACUGGUGAGGAGGUGUACGGCCUGACAAUCCCGUUGGUGACCAGCUCUGCUGGUGACAAGCUGGGCAAAACCGCAGGCAACGCGGUGUGGCUCAAUAGAGACAAGACGUCCCCCUUUGAGCUCUACCAGUUCUUUCUCCGACAGCCAGAUGCAAGUGUGGAGGGAUACUUGAAGUUGUUCACUUUUUUGCCUCUGGCGGAGGUAGAGAGGCUGAUGGAGCAGCAGAGGGAGAAUCCAAGCAAACGUCUCGCCCACAAACGACUGGCUGCAGAAGUGACCAAACUGGUGCAUGGAAAGGAGGGCCUUGAGAGUGCUAAAAGAUGUACCAACGCGUUGUAUCACAGCAGCGUGCAGGCUUUGGAGCAAAUGAGCGACAAGGAGCUUCAGGAACUCUUCAGGGAGGCUCCUUUCCAUGAGCUGUUUUUGGAGCCAGGGACCACCGUCAUAGACGCCUGCCGCAAGGUCAGGGCUAUCCCCGAUGGACCCAGGGGGUAUCAGAUGAUCUCAGAUGGAGCAGUAUGGAUUAACCACAAAAGGGAAGAAAAACCACAGCAGGUCCUGAUCCCCAAACUCCACAUCCUGUCUAACGGACUCACCCUGCUCAGAGUGGGCAAAAAAAACUUUUACAUCAUCAAAUGGCUCAGCCUCUGAGGCUGCCUGAUUGACUGACAGGGAAGGUAGGAGGAAAACUUCAGGAGAGAAUGGGGAGAUGCUGAUGGACUCAUGAAUUACUGUGCAUUUAGUGUUAUAUAUAUGCUGUUUCUCUAAAGAUUUGUUAUUAAAAAUCAUUUAUUGAA